CCCACAGUCGCGCCACUACUCUGCCUCUCUGUCUCUCUCCCUCAGUCAACCCCUGCUCACUCCGCCCGGCCUCCUGACGAAGCAGCACGCCCUAUACCGCAGACUCACGCACCAGGAUCACCAAGCCUGGUGGCUCCUCUCGUCACAAUACCACACCGCGGGUCACCACACUACGCGUGCCCUAAUAUACAUUUAUUAUUGAAAGUACUCGUGCAUACACUUGUUGAAAAAUUCCUGUAAAUUAUGGAAGUUCAAAUGUUAAGUCUUAUAAAAAGGAAAUUCGUGUGUUUACGCCGAAUAUUUAGAGACGUGUCCUGGAUACCAGUAUGCGAAGACGGGCGCUGAAGCCAGUGGAAGUGUCUAAGACAUUUGGUAGACGGCGCUGUUGUUGUUUAGGUUCAGCUGCUCUUGAACAAAGUUUCCAUGUAGCCCGGGCUAUAGCCAGCCUGUAAUAGACGGUGCGUUUGAGGCUUUCUUCAUGUUUUAAGGGGGUUACCACUGACUCAGUGUGGUGGAUUUUCUUAAAACACUCCUGUGAAGACGAGGCGGAUUUGACGUCAUCAUUCGUGUGGCUUCAAGACGGAUUCUUACAUAAUUGUUCGCGUGACUUCAAGAUGGAUUGCUACGGUGUUAUUCAUGUGACCUGAAUAGCGAUUAUUAAGUCACUAUUUUAUGUGGCUUCAAGCGGGAGUCUCAAAUCACCAUUUCUUUGUGGAAAACACCUGUCAUUGUGCGUAUGUUGCCUCAUGAUGGUGGAUUUCUUCCGCUGUUGUGGGUGGUGUUUAACGGCACCGGGUCAUCAAGACACGAAUCCUAAAUUCCAGCUGGAAUUUGUGCCUUCAAAUUCCAAAUUUGUGCCUUUGUGUCAGUGCCUUCAAUCCAACAUUCAAUUCGGUGUUAAUAAAUUGAGAAUUGACUAGUUCACAACAAUUAAAGAGACUAGGUACGUGUCGUGAUUCUUUUUUUUUUAAUUCAAGUACUCAAGACAAGUACUUGAAAAUGAUGGAGAAAUUAAAUAAUGCAGGAAUUCAAGAAAGUGGAGCAAAUAUCCGGGCGGAUUAAGUUGUUGUCCGGAUACACCGUUCUUAAAAGGAAGACGGAGUCGUAUUCACGAACGCCUUCCACCAACACCGGGGCGACUUCUGCAGUACACCCAAAUGUCGCGUGAAACGAUGAAGACAACACGGCUGGUGGACGGCUCCAAACCACUCUCGGCUGACUUGGACAAACUGCCGAAAUGGAAUGACAAGUGGCUGCUGGAAUUCAUCUCGAGUCAGCGCAAGACGUGUUGCUGCGGGGACGCUGCCACCGCAUAGUGUGACGUCACCGCUCAAGGCCCACCUGUUAUGUCAUGCCUCUGGUCAGUGUGACGUCACCGCUCAAGGCCCAGCUGUCAUGUCAUGCCGUUGGUCAGUGUGACGUCACCACUCACGGCCCAGCUGUCAUGUCAUGCCGUUGGUCAGUGUGACGUCACCACUCAAGGCCCCAUCUGUCAUGUCAUGCCUCUGGUCAGCUGAUAUCGUCAUGGCGACUCACCGAACACUGCGCCAUCCUCAUAUGAUCAAAAUAUAUACAGCUCCGACUAAUUACCAUGCAUGACAUCACCACCUGAAGUCAAUAUCCGACAAUUCUCCAGAUAUGACGUCAUUAUUACGCAAUCGAACUGCGCCAGCCAUUGCCGUUGGACGGCAUGAUCACGUGACCCAGUUGUGCCUCAGUUAUUGGUUCUAUAUUCUGACGUCAUAAUGACGUCAUGACCGAGCGAUGCUACAACUGCUGAUCUUCACAUGUGACGCGAUGAUCACGUGACCCAGGGAUGCCAAAGCGGUUCAUUCCUAUGUACGAUGUGAAGAUCCGGGGAGGAAAGCGCAUAGUGGAAUGGCGGUUUGGUAUGUGAGCUGUAAAAGUUGUGAAGAUAUAAACUAGUGAACAAUCGACAUAACGUCACAAGGGGACAAGCAGCAGCAGUGCCUGACACACCACCACCAGCGAUGGCACUGCCAGAGUGCCAGGCGGCGACCCGUAGUGACCAUCUAGACCACUAACCAUCACCGUAGACAUGUCUGGCUGGACCUGACUUCGGGGGGCCAGGUCCUGCCUAACCAUACACUACAUCCUUGUGGGGGUGGAAAAUAAAUAUAUAUAUAUAUAUAUUUAUAUAUGUGCCCAUGAGGAUGGGUGGAGCAGAGAGCUAGUAGUGUGAAAAAGGCACCAUGUGCUGUGCUGUAGUGACUCGCGAUCACAACUACCCGCGCCAGUUACAGGCGCACCCCACCAUACACGCGGUGUCGGCCAGCGGAGUACCUCUGUUGUUGAGGCAGAGGACACAACCACCUCCGUCCCUGGCAGGAGGGCCCGGGGUCCAGUACUCGCAGGCCAGGCCCCCUCCGGCACCCCCGGUGGACGCAAGGGCCAGGGGCAACAACUUCUCCGUCCUGCCGCCCAUCAAAGACUCCGGCAGAAGGAAGGAUGAAAGCUUUACAUUGUCAGAACUGGAUGACAUUUCACUCAAGAAUGAGGUUGUGAAAAAGGUGAAGGAGCUGCCAGAGCGCGCCCUUCAAGGUCUCCUUAUUAACCUAAGAGCUCAAGACCGUGAUAGAGACGGAGUCCUGACUUCAGAUAUUGUUAAGGGAACCUUGAGGAAGUUUCAGUUACAUUUGAGUGACGAAGGAGCGCGGAACAUUUGUAAAAAGUUUGGGCGCGCUGGCGAUCACGCCCCGAUGGUCCGCUACGAGGACUUGCUCGCUUACCUCACCAAGUCCAGGAUGGAGGCCUUCAAACCCCCGCCUCCCUUUGUUGACCAGAGGACUGUUGGAGCCUCGGGCAGCAUGCAACAACAGCAGCAGCAGCAGCGAGCAGCACAGCAACAACAGGAUCCUCGUAAGAUCAACCUGAGAAACAAAGUAGUCUUCAGUGAUGGGGACGAAGCCAAGCUGUACGCAGACAUGGCCAGACAGUUAUCAGACAAGCCGGUCAACAUGGCUGACCUCAGGAGGACAAUGUAUGACCUGGAUCGUGACCGGAAUGACUUCCUUACUGGCCAACAGGCAGAGUUGGCCUUGUAUAAGUGUGGCGUGCACCUAACGCCGGACGUGCGGGCGCGCCUCCUACUGGCCACAGACCGCACCGGGGCGGGCAUGUACAGGAUUGAAACCCUUAUGAACUAUCUAACCAGAGUCGUGCCGGAAACCCACUAUACCGUUAUGCUGGGUAACAAUCACCGGCCACGUCAGGCGAGAGUGGGCCAGUUACCAGUCUUUCAGAACCAGUCAAUGUUACACGCGCCAUGGGAAAAUAACCCACAACAGCAUAUGGAAAUGCCGAAAGGAAAUGGCCGCAAUGACGAGUACAUUGAAGUCGAGCCCGUGGUGCCGGAGCCUGCACCACCACCACCACCACCACCACCACCACAGCCACAGCAGCGUGCGCCCCAGGCCCCGCCACCCCUCCCACCACUGCCUCUCAUGCACACCGAUGACUCCCAUGAAUUUGACAUGCAGAGGUGGACUAAUGACUACCAGUAUCUCGCUCAGGCAGUCUACAGUGCCGACGAGGACCAGUCAGGAUACAUGCCACCAGACGCAGUACACCGUGUAGCAGCGACGUACAACUUGGUGUACAACCUGCAGAUCUCAGAGGCUUCCUUUGACGCGGCCAUACAAACUGCUACUGACCCAAACUACGGUGAGGUCAAUCUCGAGUAUUUUAUUACCGUUCUCCAGGACGCCCACUUCAGAGAAAACCAAGUUUACUAGCAAACCUUAUUGUAAAAUACAGUAUUAAGUUCAAAUAUUAAUAUAUUUAUAAUCAGGUAAACUAAAAUAGAAUCUAUAAUACCUUUAUUGUGAAGUAAAAUUUCUUGAACUCUGUGUUAAGUAGCGUAUAUCCAGAUUUUAAGUUUCAAGCGUGUAUAUUUAUACAUAUAUAAUAUAUAUAAUAUAUAUAUCUCACUUUAUUUUAAAAUUUCAUUACCCAAAAAGGGUUACAUGCAGGGUACAAGGUUGCUUGUCACAAGUUGUAGAGUUCCUCUAGCUCCUCAGAUGGCGGGCAGGAACCAUGGAUGCAGUGAGCAUUUCCUCUCUGAAUCGCCACACUAAGGCUCUGAAAGAUUAAACUGGCGGCUUUAGGGUCUCUAGUUGUUUCAAUGAGCUUGGAACCUAGCUCUUUAAAAAAACUAGGAGCACUUUUACCCCAGACACCAAGUGUCUCUGAGGCAAUGGGGACAAAAUUGUAGUGAUGAUAAAGAUCUAUAAAUAUAUAUAUAUAUAAUGUGUGUGUAUGUAAAGUGCAGUUUAUACGGAAUAAAGGUUGACUAGAGGACAAGUAAAUGUAGCAUCCACACUUAUAAAUAUUGGUGAAAGGGAAACCUGUACAUCAGUCUCGUAUGCAGACCACUGCGCCACGAAGACUCUCGAACUACAACGCUCCGAUAUGGUUGUUGAUAGUCACUAUAACCCCAAGCUAAUUUUUACUUGACUAGAUUUCAAUUAUUUAUUUCAUAUUACACAUUUACAUACAUAUAUGCAUUCGUACACACACACACACAUACAUUAUAUAUAUAUACAUAUACACAUUUGCAAUAUGUAUGCACACGAAGAGGUUGUCCAUAUAGAAUUUAAAUUAUUUUUUUAUUGUGGUACAUACACAAAGAUAAAUAUUUAUAUUUUAGAAUUGUACAUAGUGUAUAGAACAAGGUGAUGAAUAUUGCUGAAGACUCACUGUUGUGAGGGACAUGCUGAGUGUCCCAGGCGUGAGGCUUCUCACUUCCCAGUGAGUGCUGACCCAUAGCUGAUUUCAGAUAACUGGGAACUCGCAAGUUAUUUAGGUCAUGUGGACCCUUAUUUGAUCCACAUCAUGUGGGGCCUUCAGCUGUUUCAGGUCAAGGGAGCCUUUAGACUCUUAGGUGGUCUAAGAUCUGGAGUAUUAUGCCGGGUUACAGCUGCUGUACAUCAGGCUUUCAGUCGAGCCCUCGGCUUGUCUAUGUGAACUCUCAGCUGGGCCAUGUGGGCCCCUCAGCUGGUCUUGAUCAUGUGGGUUAGAGUAUGUGGGACCCCAACUGGUACCACAUAGAAAAUAUCACCCCCAUAUUUAAACAAAUUCCUUUGCUAACCAUUUUCACACUUGAUUUCUGUUUAUUUAUUUAUACAGAAAAAAUGUACAUUGGAUUGCAUUGUUACAAGUUUUGGUGAUUAAGACUUACAUUCUUGCAGAUCAAUAAUUUAGCUGCAUUACUUUAAAUAUCUGUUGAAGAGCUGUAACAAAAAGUCAAGAAUGAGCGGUGGACGACAACAUCUGCUUAUUCACUGAUUUACAAUAUUUAAUUUGAUUUAGAAUAUAUGGCAGUAAUCAAUGCUUAUAGAUUCACAGAAGAAAAAAAUAGGGGACAUUUGACAAGGUAUCGGCUUCCUGCCCCCGUCGAGGCCACUAAAUAGAUGGUGGCCCUCAGGUAAAUCCAGGUAAAUAUUGCAAAAUACGUUGACUGACUUUCCAGGACGCACAACACGUGACGUCACGUGUUGAUCAACAAAACUGUGUUUAUGAAAUGGCAAACUUUGAUUUUUUUUAUAUUGUUGUAAUUUAUUACAAAUUAUUGUAAUUAUAAAUGGUGCACUCAUGUGAAAAAUAUAUAUAUAUCAUAUGUUAAAGUAACUUAACAGCUAAAUUCAUAAGUACUGUUAUUUUUAACUUAUUUUGUAAAAUUGUCAUAAAUUCAAAUGAUUCGUAUGAAUGUGACUUUCAUAUAUACUGUUCACCCAAAGAUAACUUUAUGUUCACCAAAACAUAACUUUAUGUUCACCCAAAGAUAACUUUAUGUUCACCCAAAGAUAACUUUAUGUUCACCCAAAGAUAACUUUAUGUUCACCAAAACAUAACUUUAUGUUCACCAAAAGAUAACUUUAUGUUCACCAAAAGAUAAGUUAAAAUUUUAACAUUA